GACUCACGGAGAUUGACAUUUUUUAAAGCCACGGAUCGCUCCCUUCCCUUUUAGGGGCCUCAUUCCUCUACUUCUAGCACCAAAGUGUUGACGUGCUUUCUCCCCACUUGCCCUUUGAAAGUCCAUCUUGUACGGGAAUGCUGAGGUGUUUGCUGUUGAUAGUUCAACACCUCACCCCUGGGAAAGAAACAAGGAGAUCCUGGAAACCCUGUCUUUACUGCAAGGAGCAGAUCUCCCAAGGAGGAAAUCUGAGACACUGGGGCCAGAAGGUUGAGAACCACUGAACUAAGGGAUCUUUCUCCAGCAACACUGGGCACAUCCUGUGGUAUCAGCCUUCCUCGGAGACCAAUUUAAGAAAUGUCCAGCUGGGAGACCUAAGACAGACUUCAUUGAUGAAAGCCAGGCUGAAACACCCAAACUCCGGUACUUCUCUGAAUACUCUUUUAUGGCAUCUCCACGGAGCUGGCAUCGCCUACAUUGUGGAUACUCCUCUUUACCAGCGAGUGUACUUCUCCCAGAGGGAGCUUCUUUUAUCCUUGGCUAGGCCCGGUGUUGGCUAAAUUUGUGGUUUUAAGAAAACCCGAGCCUGCAGGCAGCCGCCCUGGGAGAAGCCCUUUCCGUGGGCAGUCGGAACCUUCUGGACCAGAGGAGAAGCCGUCCCCUCACCUGGACUUAUGACCCGCGGCUUCGCCCCCAGCCUGCCCGCCGAGGUCCACAAGAUGGGCUCCUUCCGCAGGCCCCGGCCGCGCUUCAUGAGCUCCCCGGUGCUCAGCGACCUGCCCCGAUUCCAAGCCACCCGCCAGGCCCUGCAGCUGAGCUCCAACUCGGCCUGGAACAGCGUGCAGACCGCCGUGAUCAACGUUUUCAAAGGCGGAGGCUUGCAGGGCAAUGAGCUCUAUGCACUGAAUGAAAACAUCAGGCGGCUGCUGAAGAGUGAACUCGGAGCUUUCAUUACAGACUAUUUCCAGAACCAGCUUCUUGCGAAAGGACUGCUGUUUGUGGAGGAGAAGAUUAAGCUGUGCGAAGGUGAAAAUCGCAUUGAGGUUCUGGCUGAAGUCUGGGACCACUUCUUCACUGAGACCCUCCCCACCCUGCAGGCCAUAUUUUACCCCGUUCAGGGCCAGGAGCUGACCAUCCGCCAGAUCUCCCUGCUGGGCUUCCGUGACCUGGUCCUGCUGAAGGUGAAGCUGGGCGACCUGCUGCUGCUGGGCCCGUCCCAGCUGCCCCCGUCCAUCGUCCAGAUGCUGCUCAUCCUGCAGAGUGUUCACGAGCCCACGGGCCCCAGCGAGGGCUGUUUGCAGCUGGAGGAGCUAGUGAAGCAAGUGGUCUCUCCUUUCCUGGGCGUCAGCGAGGACCGCGGCAUCUCGGGCCCCACGUACACGCUGGCCAGGCGCCACUCCCGGGUCCGGCCCAAGGUCACGGUCCUGAACUAUGCCUCCCCGAUGGCCACCGGCGGCCGGCCCCUGAAUGAGAUGGCCCUGACCCCUCUGACGGAGCAGGAGGGGGAGGCCUACCUGGAGAAGUGUGGCAGCGUCCGGCGGCACACCGUGGCCAACGCCCACUCGGACAUCCAGCUGCUGGCCAUGGCCACCAUGAUGCACUCGGGCCUAGGCGAGGAGCCCAGGGCCGAGGACCAGUGCCUGCUCCUGCCACCCCGCUUCUCGCCGCCCCACCGCCAGUGCUCCAGCGAGCCCAGCAUCACCGAUGGCCCCGAGGAGCUGGAGGAGGUGGCCGGGGGCUGCCCGGAGGACUUGGAGGCCAACUGUGCCUCCCUCAGCUGACUGCCCACCGGGGCACCUCCCAGCGCUGCCCAGCAGCCAGCCUGAGGACAGCCCCAUUCUGUGACUCACCAGCGGGCGCUUCCUUGGGGGCAAGGCUGCCUCGUGUCUUCUUGGGGACAAGCCUAGUCUGAGUGCCCGGGGGGAAUCCCUGUUGUCAACCUCUCCGUUUUUGUGCCUGUGACCACCUGUUCGCAGCCAUGCAGACCCAGCGGCCUGGUGCCCACUUUCUGAUUUCCUGCCUGGCCUGCCUGACCCGGGGUUCAUCUCUGGGCUUCCCCCCUCAGAUCCUGGACUGCCCAAUGCCCCCCAGGACACAGCCCGGUGCCCGUGGCGUUGCUGUGGCAGGAGGCUGUCUGGGCCACGCCUAGAGCCCAAAAGGAUGUGCAGGAGUUCCCCUCUGGGUCUGGUGAUGCAGAGGCCAGAGGCGUGUGGGUGAAAAGGUACCUCUCCUUCCCUGUUUGUGGGGAGUGGAUGGAGACGCAGCCCCUACCCAGCAGGGCCCUGGGAAAGCGCCUUCCUCCUUUUAGUUUCAGGAUUACAGGGAAAGAGUUGCCCCCUGGUGCUGAGGGUCCCCUAUGUCACAUCGUCACAUCGUCACAUCCCGGAAGCCACCAGGUUGGAUGAAGCCUCUGCAUUUCCCCCCAGGCUUCCUCCCAAACUCACAGAACCAGCCUCCCUGGGGGCGGUGCCUUCCUCCCUCUCUGAGACCGUUCUCCUGUUGUGGGUGAAGGGCCGAAGGGCCGGCUGAUACCAACCAAUUAGUCUUGUUCCUGGAUUUGACUUGAAUUUUUAAAAUGUGCGUCGUUUCAAAACCCAUUGUUUGCGAAUAUUUGCACGGAGGGUCUCGCCCUGCUCCUUCCCACUGGAGUGUGUCUUCAGCACCCUCCGGGAAAGGGGACGGAGCGUUUGGGGGGGGUGAAAGGGAUCUGCCGUGGGCAGGGCUCACGGGCUACAGAACUCCGGAAGCAGCUGGGCUGGGAUCCAGAAUGGCCUGUAUUUGUGAGUGUCGUGGUUUGUAGGAGGAGCCGCCGCAGUGAGGUAGGGAGGCAGCUGCGCCCUGAGCAGAGGCUGUAGCAAUGGAAGGUCUCCGUGCUUUACUGUGGGGAGUGGGGGCGGAGAGUAAGGUGGGAGUUUAUAGGACCUUUUGGAGAGAUGUUCAUUUCCUGUGACUACAGGGAAUUCAAAUGCCUGGAGUUUCUAACCCCUGAGGCCUCCAAAUGCCUUUUGUAGCGCGCUGUCUCCUUACCGCUGCUGCCAGGGCUGGGUUUCUGUCCACCAGGAACCUCUGUUCUCUUUGUCUUUGCCUAUUGGCCCCACUCGGAACAGCUCCAGAAGGGAAGAGAAGGCUCCCCGGGACCCUUCUGGCACCUUCUGGGUAUCCUGUUAGGCUUGGAAAGUUUGUUAAUAAAAAUCUGAGAGGCGAGAGCCAGCUUGGCUUCGAAUGAGGCGGGAGGAGGCCACGGGGGGAUGAGGGCAGGUUCGCCACCAGCAGGGGAAGGGCCUUCUGGGGGCCUCUGAGCCUGGACAGCAUUCCCCUCCCGGGCGGAGAUCCAAACCAUGACCAGAGCUGUGCUCUGGGUGGCUGCUAAUUUGGAGCUUGUGUUUUAACAAGUUGUUUCAUGUUCAUCCUUCCACGAGAGUGACGGGAGAUCUGAGAACGUCAAACAAACACAACCAAACUCUCGGUGGGUGUGCGGCACAAAACCCACACGUUGGCGGAUGUGCGUUAGCAGACGGAGCAUCAGUAGGUAACAGCACGGGAUGUGCUUAAUGGAUGGCUUCGGUCCAUUAGCACACGGAGCACUUGAGACUGGGCUGUAUUGAUCCAGGCAAAGUAAUUAGUCAUGCUUGGGUUUGUUUGUGGGCUUUUGGUUUUGGUUUUGUUUUUUUUUUUCGUUUACAACGUUAGCACUGCAUACGUGUUUCAAUGCCUUUUCCAUAUAGUAAGUGGCCCCGAUGCAGAUAGCGGUCAACGAAACACGUGCGCUCCCAGGUGGAGAAGGGGAGGGUCAGUCCAGACCCAGGGAACUUGACUUUGCUGAGUGCUGUUAGCCAGUUUCACCUCUGAUGUCCACACCGGGUGUUUGCACAGUAAACACUUCAGACUGUACCUGUCCACACGCUAUUGAUGUUCAUGGGCAUUCCAGCCAUCAGAGGGCCCGCAGGAGUGGUAGCUGGCGUGUUUUAACACUUUCUCCCCUUCACGACAUGAAGAUCCCUUUUCGUCGUUGAUCUUCCUGUGGCUGAGGUUCAAGGACAGGAAGCGAUCACUUUAGACUCCCAGUGAGCUCACAAACCCAAAAACCUUUCAUGCUGCCCGUUUCCGAAACGGAUCCAAUAAACGUCAUUUCGUCCACACCACCUUCCCUGCUCCCUGGGGUGGCGCCUGGACUGGAUCUGCCAGCGCAGCAAAGCAUUGGGCGUCCUGUCCUCACGCUCUGUCCCCGCUUUUCCUGCCUCCACGUUCCUUUUCCUGUUGCCUCCCCUUGGGGUUCGGCAGCGGCCUUGCCCAGCUGGCCUCCCGGGGUUUUGCUUGCCGCCCUUGUCUGGAUGGGCAAGUCAUUUCCUGGAGCAACGGCCUAUCUACGGAGCCUGGAAAACACCAUACAGAGUCUGGGAAGGCGUUAGAACCUCUGCCCAAAGCGGCCUGGUCUCUGGGUGUUUGGGUUCAGGGGGAUGCUCACCCUACUUACUCAUGGGUGUCUCCUGCAUUCCCCUCUAGUUUGGUUUGGCAGAAAGAAUUUAUGAUGUUUUACUCUCGGCCUAAGUUUUCCUAGGAGGGCAAGAGCAGCAUCAGCCCGAGGCCUCUGAAGGCUUAGGAAGCGCAUUUAUAGAGGCAUGACCUGAACUGAGAGAUGGUCCUGGAGGACGGAGAGGGGGGAGUGUGUACACUUUUGUUGAGUCUUCCAAGGUUGUUGCUAUGGGAAACAGCCGCCACGCAUUCAGCCUCGGCAGGUUUCAGUUCUCAGGGCACCACCGCAUCCACUCACCCGUCCACUCAUCAACCCAUCACGUGUGUGGAGCUGCCACUGUGCCUGGGCACUUUUCUUGGUGCUAGGGAUACAUGAGGGAUGUCUCCAGGUGCCUGUGUUUUGGGAGCUUACAAUCUUAUUAAGCCAACAGGAAUUUCAAAUAAAGAACCACACCUGAUGGAAUAAAAUGGCAAAAGGCAGUUGAGUAGAGGGUUACCUGAAGUGAGGUGGCUAGAGAAGGUUUCUCUCUUUUUUAAAAAAAUACUUUCAAAGAGGAAGGGAGAGAGAGAAACAUCAAUGAUGAGAGAGAAUCACUGAUUGGCUACCCUCUGCAUGCCCCCUAUCGAGCUG